AUGCGGCGGCGGCGGCGGGCGGCGGGCGGCGACGCGUCAGUGCUCUUGGUCGCCAUGUCGCGGAGCAGCUAUGACCGGCACCUGACGAUCUUCUCGCCGGAGGGUCGUCUGUAUCAGGUGGAAUAUGCAUUCAAGGCGAUCCAGGCGGGUGGCAUUACGGCUGUGGCGGUGCGAGGCAAGGACUCGGCCGUCGUGGUGACGCAGAAGAAGCUGCCGGACAAGCUGAUCGAUGCCUCGACGGUCACGCACCUGUUUGCCCUUACGCCGGAGAUUGGGUGUGUGGUGACGGGCCGCACGCCGGACGCGCGUGCGCAGGUGCAGCGCGCGCGCUCGGAGGCGGCCGAAUUCAAGUACAAGUACGGAUACCCCAUCACCCCCGACCUGCUGGCGAAGCGCCUCGCGAACCUGAACCAGGUCUACACUCAAAAGGCGGCGAUGCGCCCGCUGGGCAUCGCGAUGAUCCUGAUUGGGCUCGACGACGAGCGGGGCCUUGCGCCGCAGAUCUUCCAGAUCGACCCGGCCGGCCACUAUGUGGGGUACCGUGCGACGGCGAGCGGCGCCAAGCAGACGGAGGCGAUCAACGCGCUGGAGAAGCAGUUUAAGCGUGCGCCGGCCGCGAUGGCGCCGGAGGCCGCGCUUGCCGAGGCCGAGUCGAUCGCGAGCCAGCUGAGCCGCGACGAGGUGCUCGACAUGGCCGUGCACACGCUGAACACGGUGCUCGCGCAGGAGCUCAAGCCCAGCGAGAUCGAGGUCGGCGUGGUGGGCGGCCCCGAGGCCCAGGCCGCCGACUCGCCGCAGCGGCGGUUCACGACGCUCGCGGAAGACGACAUUGCACAGAUUCUCGAGCGCCUCGCAGAGCGCGACUAG